GCUCAGGGGCUGUUUAUACAGUCGGAAAAAAAACUCUCCUUUCAGGGCUUCCAUAAUAUGAUGAUGAUUAAGCUAGGCCCUGAUACUAAUGAAUUAUAGCUCAUUAAGACGUGGUUAUCAUAGGAUUGUAGCCAUUUCUGUAACAUUUCAGUGGCUAAAACAAGAAGAUUGUAAACCUUCUUUCAUUAAUUAGAUGCAAAAAACAAAUUUAAUAUUAAAUAAUAACAAACAAAAAAUAAAAAAAGUUAGGCCAUAAACUUGCACAUGUAUAGCCUAUUGAGGAACUCUACCAUAAUUUUGCAUAAUGCAUUCACUUUUGAGUAAUUAAAACGAGCAAUUAAAUGAAUUGUCACAUUGUAUAUUGUGUAUGAAAGCUGUUAAACAUCAUAUUUCUCCAUUACAGGUUAUAAGUAAAAAUAUGGGUUCACUACGAAGGUGUACUGUGCUGUUGCUUUUGACUUUCUCAGUAUCAGAGGUGUAUGCAGCGAGGAUCAUCGGAGGUCAGGAGGUUUGGCCCUACUCCAUCAAAUAUCAGGCAUCCUUGCAGUCUGAGGACGGCCAACACUACUGUGGGGGAACGUUGGUGCACCCUCAGUGGGUGGUGUCUGCUGCCCACUGCUGGAAACCGAGCAGCCGCAUGAGGGUCGUGUUGAGUGAACACAGCCUGACCACAACAGAAGGAUUUGAACAGAUCUUCAAUGUCUCAAAAAUAUAUGUCCACAACUAUAACUACAAGACAUUCAACAACGACAUCAUGCUCAUUAAGCUGAGCGAGCCGGCACAGCUGAACGCCAACGUCCAGCCAGCUGCUCUGCCUGAUGAAAACACCCCUCAGCUCCACGAUGACGUCUGCACGGUGAGUGGCUGGGGCGUGACAAAGAUUUACAGUUUCUACCUCUCCCCUGUGCUGCGUGCCGUGGACGUGAGAGUGCAGCCUUACUGCAGCUAUUACUACUGGGGCAGGAUCACCUCAAACAUGCUGUGUGCUGGAUCUCGACUGGGUGGCAAAGAUUCCUGCCAGGGCGACUCCGGCGGCCCGCUCAUCUGCAAUGGCUACUUCGAGGGCAUUGUCUCCUGGGGUAUCAGCUGUGCAAACCCAUACUUCCCUGGGGUUUACACCAAAGUGAGGAACUACGUCCAGUGGAUCAAAUGGGUAAUCGACAAUGACACUCCAUAAACAGUCGCCACAAGCCCUGAUGAGCAGACUGCAGAGAUCGACAUUGAUUCAAUUUGAAAACAAACUCACAACCUGAUUCACCACAUUAUUUUCAAUGGCUUUCUUCUUUUUUUUUUUUUGUAUUACUAAUAACAUUCUGUGUGAGUUUUCUAUAGAACUAAAUGUCAACUUAGAGCGAGGGCCAUAAGUCAUUUCUUGGAAAUAUGUUAAUAUGCAAAUAAUUCUGUGAUUUUUAUUCAUGUAUUGCUCUGAAAUGAAAUACAGAAAUAAAUAUAUUAUUAUUAUUAUCAGUAGUAGUAGUAGUUGUAAUAGUAGCAGGUGCAUUAAUUAAUAGAGAUGGGCAACAUGGUUAAAAUCAAUAAUAAUAUUGAAUUAUCGCCCAGCUCUAGUUAUCAAUAUUUUUUAUUUUAACAUUGGAUCAAAAGACUGUAUUUUAUGUGAAAGUGGUCACUCAAGGUCACAAACACCUUUCACAUCACAUUUGGUCAUUGAAUGCAAAUGUAAAUAUAAAAAUAUUCUUUGACACAGAUUUAAUGACAUCAUACUAAAACACUGGGUCGGCGCAUUGACUGGUGAAAGUUUCCUACUGUUCCCACGAGCACUGAAAGACUGAAUAAACCAUCCACAGUGACGAUAUUAAGAUGAUCUGUCUCUCUUAUGAGUUGGUUGUCUGUUUCUGCGUUGAGCAAUCUCUUGCCUUGCCAUUUACAAGAAUGAAUGAAGCCAAUAAAAUGCGAUUCCCACAAACUGCAUCAGUGGCAUUUGUCUA